UUUUGGCGACGUCACCGCAAAUCGAAGUGAAAGUUGAAAGAAAAAUCAAUUCAGCUCAUGUCACGUAAUAUUUGCGAUGAUAGUUUUGGCAUUAACCGCGCAGCCCUAACGCGUGUGCGUAUGCGUCCAGUUUGUUGAACUUAAAAGUGUGUGUGUGUGUGUGUGUGUGUGUGUGUGUGUGUGUGUGUGUGUGUGUGUCGGGGUCAGGGACAAUAUAUUAGGCACGCCUCAAGUCGCCAGAGAUUAAAACGAGAGCUCGAACGAGCGUAAAAACCGAAACUGAAAAGGCGAGAAUAUUGUUGUGCUGUGUCUAAUUAUUGCGGGCAUGUAAAACAGGGAGUGCCGUCAGGCAAGCAUAUAGCUGUGCACCUGCCUCAUUAAAAAAAAAAAAAAAAAAAAAAGGUUCAUUUUUGUUGACGUGGUCAAACAAAGUGUUGUAGCAAGUUCAUUCCGGUGAGUCGAAACCAAAAUAUGUCCUGUACGCGACACCCAGGGUUUCGGACGAUAGCCCCAAACAUUCAGAAGAUACCCACAGCCUGAUGUACAUCUACACCGGGCUGUCAGAGGGGGCGGCGCUCCCGCCGGGCACCCGCCAAUUUACGGCCAUGGGCGUGCUGGACGGUCACGUGAUCGACUACUACGACAGCGUCGCCACGAAGAAGGUCCCCAAGCUGUCGUGGAUGGCCGAGGGGUUGAGCGACACCUACUGGCAGCAGGGCAGCCAGUCCCGGAAGAGCAAACAGCACUGGUUCAAGGUCAACUUGGAGAUCCUGCUAGGUCGCAUGCAAGACAACCGCUCGGACGUGCACGUCCUGCAGUGGCUGCACGGGUGCCGUGGCGACCUGCGCCCCGACGGCACGGUGGUCUUCCGCGCCGGCGUGGACGCGUACAGCUUCGACGGUCGGGACUUCCUGUCCUUCGACUACGACCGUGCCGAGUGGGUGCCGAUGGCCCCCGCUGCGCGGGAGACCAAAAGGAGGUGGGACAACGUGGACUUCCUCAAGGACUACACCCGCGCGUACCUGGACAAGGAGUGCCCCACCUGGAUGAGCCGCUUCCUCCGCUACCAGCGCAAUCGAACGGAGCACGCGGCACCGCCCUUGGUGGAGGUGUUCGCUAGGAAGAUGGGGACCAAGAGGACGCUGCUGCUGACCUGCCUCGCCGGCGGCUUCGCCCUCAAGGACGUCGGCCUGGAGAUCCACCGGAAUGGCCGCACGCUGACCAAAGAGGACGGCGUGACGUCCACCGGCGUGCGGCCCAACGGAGACGGCACCUUCCAGAGGCGGGACAGCGUGGAAGUCCUCCAGAGCGACGCUGCCGACUUCACCUGCGUCCUGCGGCAUCCCCUGUCCGGACUUUACGCGGAAGCGCGUUGGGAUCACGAGAUUUUGGCCCCUCCACCUGUCAAGAAAGCCGUCGCCUUCGCCAUAGCGGGAGGACUCUUUGCUGUUUUUUUGGCAGUUGUGCUGGUCCGGCUCAAAUGCACGAAGCGCAAUGACGGCCCACCCGACGACGGCGCUGCCGAAGUCCCGCAAGAGAAGACUUUGAAGCUGCUUGAGUGCGAGCAAGAUGCCGGGAUGGACAGCAGCCAGUCUCUGGAAUCGUGGGACACCUCCGACUCUGGCGUGGCUUCUCGCGACUCGCUCGCCGGCAACCCGGCCGGCACCAGCCUGCUGACCGCCGACUCGCUUCCCUGACGUCGUCGGUCUGGGCGGGAUCAACGGGAGCCCGUCGCGCGUUGAAGAUUUAGGACGGAUCUCAAAUGGGACGGCGGCUGCGUACCGCAAAUAUCAAGAUACGAGGACAGAGGAGUUGACCCGAAUCUUUGGACAUUUUCAUCAACAAUGAACACAAGAUGGGGACCAGAUUCAUUUUGAGCAGAUGAUGAUAGGACCAAUCAGAAUUUCCGAGCGAGAGAGCAAAUCUGCUGCUAAUUUCCAGUCCAGUUGUCCCCAAAUCCUCAUCCGUGAUACCAGAGAAAUCGUGAACUCCCGCAGCUGACCUUUCUUCCAUCCGCCCCGUCAUUGUGAACGCGUCGGAGCCAAUCAGGUGAUCCGUUGUGAAAGUCGCUCGCAUCCAGUAAAAAAAAAAAAAAAUUGCUCUCUAAUCCAUACACGAGCGGGGUGAAAUCAUUCAGAACAAACAUUUUGCGGCACGUUGUUUUGCUGACCAGCUUGAUUUUGAACGAAGGCCGCGCUUGACCUUUUCAUGUCACCAGAUGAGGAAACGUGCGCGCAACACCCAACGGGAUUGGUGGGGUUUUUUUUUUUUUUUUCAUUCAGAGGGCAGCCCCGGUGCUCCAGUAGCUGAUCUGCUUUCUCUUGCAAAAUGUUUUGAUUUAAUUGACAGUUUUACGGGUAAAUAAAUGUUUGAUCCAAAUAA